AUGGCCCCUCCAGCAUUCUCUGACAUUGCCAAAGAGACCAACGACGUCCUUGGUCGUGACUUUUUCCACCUGGCCCCAGUCUCCGUCGACUUCAAGUCGGUGGCUCCUAACGGCGUUGCCUUCACCACCAAGGGAAAGACCGCCAACGGUAAGACCUCGGCCAGCUUGGAGGCCAAGUACUCCGACAAGCCUACCGGAGUUACCGUGACCCAAGGCUGGAACACUGCCAACGCCUUGGACACCAAGUUCGAGGUUGUCGACGCUCUUUCUCCAGGCUUGAAGUCUGAGCUCUCCACCUCUAUUGUGCCAGGCGGAAAGAAGGAUGCCAAGCUCAACUUGUACUUCUCUCAGCCAAUCGUGAACGCACGUGCUUUUGUCGAUUUGCUUAAGGGUCCAGUUUUCAACGGUGACAUCACCGUUGGCCAAGAUGGAUUCACCACCGGUGUUUCGCUUGCCUACGAUGUUAAGUCCGCGGUCUUGACUAACUACUCUGCUGGUAUCGGUUACAAGGCCCCAGUCUACGCCAUCUCCUUGAUUGCCUCCAACAACUUGCAGUUGUUCUCUGCUGGCUACUACCACAAGGUUUCGCCAACCGUUGAGGUUGGUGCCAAGGGUACCUACGACUCCAAGAAGGCCACUGCUCCAAACCCAGUUGCCAUUGAGAUUGCUACUAAGUACCAAUUGGACCCAUCUGCCUUUUUCAAGGUCAAGGUCGCUGACUCUGGUGUUGCCUCUUUGGCCUACUCCCAGAACUUGAGACCAGGUGUCAAGCUGGGUCUUGGUGCUGCCAUCGACACUUUGAAGUUGAGUGAGUCUGCCCACAAGUUUGGUUUGUCUUUGUCUUUCUCUGCCUAG